AUGGGCAGAUUGGCUGCCCGGCUGGCCCGCACGCCUGCGAUACCCCCCGAAAACGUCGCGGGCUCCCCGCCGCCGAGGGCGAUGCCGUCGCUGGUCCUGCAGGCGUCCUUCGACGGGGUCUCCAGGAGAAGAAAACACGGCACAGACAUAAACUUUCGGCGUUCUCAGAGGACUCGGCUCGGCGUCGCUCGGACGUGCACGUUUUUUUCCGGCGGGACCCCCGAGCAGCAUCCUGGGUCAUCCGGCAAACACGCACUCGCGAGACCGACGAAUGCACGGAGAAUGGGCGUCCGAGCGAUGGAACGAGGAGGACAAGGUAUCGAUACUGCUACGCUUCCCUCGCACCACGGCCGGAUCCGCCCGCCUCGAAGCCAGGUGAGAACGCACUCCAGCAGAGGUCCGCGCAGUGGCCGUAUGGGUAUCUUUUUGUUUCCGUUCUCGCGGCUUCCUUGGAUGGGUGCCGGACCCCCUGCCUGGCGUGCGCAGCGCGACAGGGGCGGCGCUGGCGGCGCCGCCAGGGGGGUGCUGGUGCUGGACGUGCGCGCCCGACUGCUCGCCGGGCGCCUCUCGCGCCUGCUGGGCGUCACGGUCUCCGCGGCCGACGCCGUGCUGCCGGGGGGCCAGCUGCUGAGCCGCGCGGGGGCCGCGGAAACUUGCGCGGGCGCGUUCGGGAGCACCGCCAGCGGCUGA